AUGGCCCUGCUGGCCCUGCUCCUGGCCCUGCCAGCCCUGGCCUCGGCCACCCCGCUGCCCCCGGCCCCUCAGGAGGUCGCCCUGGACAUGGCGCCGUCGGCCUUCGACGACCGGUACCGGGGCUGCGGCCGCGCCAUGGCGGCGGCGCUGCCGGCGCUCAACCGCUCCGAGUUCCCGCUCAACGGCGACUACGCGGCGGGCUGGGCGCUGGCGGCGGCCGAGUGGCGCGUCCGGGGGUCCCCGGCGGCCCCCAAGUCCCCCCCGCUGAGCCCCGAGCAGGCCGUGGCCCUCUUGGCCUACACGGCGCCGGUGCCGCUGCACCGGGCCUUCAACGCGGCGUCGCGGGCGGCCGGGCGCUCCCGCCGGGAAUACCGGGACGGCUUCCACUUCAAGGCCUUGCAUUUCCUGCUGACGGGGGCGGUGGGAGCGCUGUGGGAGGCGCAGGGCCGGCCGUGCCAGCGGGUUUUCCGCGGGGUGAGCGGGGUGAGGUUCGUGGCCCGGCCGGGCCGCGCCGUCCGCUUCGGCCACUUCGCGUCGGCGUCGCGGCGGAACCGCAGCGCGUGGGCCUUCGGCGCCGACACGGCCUUCGAGGUGCUCACCUGCCACGGGGCGGCUGUCAGGGAUUUCUCCUUCUUCCCCGACGAGGACGAGGUGCUCAUCCCGCCCUUCGAGACCUUCGAGGUCGCCGAGGUGGCCGGGGGCGCCGGGGCCGGGGCGCGGAUCCGGCUCCGCUCCACAGGGACCCUCAGCAACUACAACUGCGAGUGGCUGCGAG